CGCCAACCACCAAGCAGGCCAACACAUAGUGACAUGAUGCAGUCCGAGCUCGGACAACGCGGCCGGGAGUACAGAUCGGCUGCAACGCCAACAAGGCAACAACAUCACUGAGUCAGUCCGCAGUCCCAUGGCCGGCCAUGUCACGGAGACAAGAGAUAGCCUCACUCGUACAGUAAUAAUAACACUAUGGACGGUGAACACCUGACAAGCAGCUAAUCUGAGACUAGCUAAAUGGCAUCGGAGUCUCUAGGAAAAUCCACACGUCCUUUUCCUGUAGAUCUAGACGAGAGGGAGGACUGAGCUGCUCUGUCCCGGACUGUUUACAGCUAGCUCCUUCCGACCGUGGAACGCAGUUCAGAGUACUCGUCUGUAGUUGGUAAGCCUCCCGAGUCUAGGCGCAAGUCCCAACCCCAAACUUUGACACACGAGAAGCUAGAGAUCAGCGAUAGUGGAGCAGCCGCCCAAGCAGCCGCCAGUCCUACUCUCCACAGCGCACAGCCGAACGUAAGGGAGCUCCCCAACGGUUGUUGUCUUCUAGAACUGAUCCUGUUCAGCAUCAGCCUGUUGAGUGUUAUCUAGAAGCAGUGUUGUUGCUGCGUUCGCGUGUGUUCUACGGUCUUGCACAUCGUCCGUCACUAUCGCAGUGUCAGCUCAUAGAGGCAGCGCAGCACAGUUUAUGCAAAGUCUCAACAAGCCUGCAACUAGUGCUAGUCGCUCUCUUGGCUCAGUUUACUCAGCAGAACGACUUUACGCCAACCCAUGGUUGCAGCAGUGACACUCAGCUGAUAUUACGCACGGCGCAAUCGGCGUUGAGUCAGUGUAUCAAUCAGCGCUCCGCGAGGACGCUUUGCCUUUCUCUCCCUCUCGGCGGCAUUACCUCCAGCUCAGGCCGACUUGCUUGGGGAAUUGUGUGAAUGACAUUAAUCUAGACAGGCCGCAGUGUUCGCCUGCUAGUAAAAAAAGGAUUUGCUUGGUUUGGGCAGUGUCACAUUCAUUGCAACCGUUUGAUAAUCAGCUAUCUAGCUAUUUCUAUUUGCAGCGCGCUUGACGCUUCCGCGAUUUCGUGGGCCAGUUGCAGUGCAUGCAGCGCUAGUGCCCCAUCCAGCACCCAGGUAGCUGACUAGGAAGAGCAGUUUGACUCAUCGUCUGGACGAGCAACAGCGCAGACAGUAGUGUGCAGUGAGGUCGUCGCACGAGCAGCAGCGCAGCCGGCUGGCCUUGCCUGUUCAAGCAGUACACGGAUCAAUCGCUAAAGGUGAAUAGCUACACGACCACUUGACAUUUUGGGUCAUUGUCGAGAGCACCUCUCGCUAGCAGCGCUUGCGAGCUUGGCGAGCUAGAAAAACGUGUGAAGUCAUUGGCGAGCUGAGGCCAUUCGCCGCCACACGGUGUACGCUGUUGUAGCCCCUCCACUUCAAGCUGAGCCCACCGUUCCGCUGGAGGCCGUAUCGUGGCGUGUGAGCUGGGCGAAACUUCUGCCCGGCCGUGCGGUCGUGCAAGCUCAGAGUUCAUUGUUCGCCAUCGGAGCUGGCUGUGUGCAUCGUUGAUCCUACCGUAACGAAAACCAGUCACCUCCUUGUAGCCCUUACAUCAACACUACUUCUCUACUUUUCCCUUAGAAACUGUUCCCGGAGAGUAUUGAAAUAGUUGCCUGUUAGUUCGCGCUCACAAACAGUUGCAACUCGUUGGGAGCACGUUGCGUCUCGCUCAUUCCGCGGGAAAGGAGACUUCUUGACACCCGAACUCGUGCAAUACGUCUUGUUCUUGUGUAAUUGCCGCUGCGGCUGACGGACAAGGACUGAAGCAGCGUGAUCACGGUUCUCAGCAGGAAUCUACACGGUCGAGUGUGCUGCAUACGUGCGUGCGGAGUGUAGAGUGCGAAGAAUUUCGUUUGAACAAUGGAUGACCUGUACCACCCCACGCUGGCCGGCAUAAACCUGGUCGUGAAGACGUUGGUGGGCACACAGUUCGUUGUGGAGGGCAUUCUGCCAUGCGACACUGUACGCACACUGAAGAUGACCAUACAGGACAGCCAUGGACUGCGGUACAGCACGCAGAACCUGCUGUACGGCCGCCAGCAGCUGGACGACGACGAUAAAGAGCUGCAAGAGUACGGUAUUCGCGACAGUGGUGCCGUGCUUACGCUCGUGGUGACGUUACGCGGCGGCCCGCUGAACGCACGCCGCGCCGCGUCAGCGUCAUCCAUCGAGCCGGACACGGAGAUAGUACUGGAACUGCUGGACGGUACGGACGUAGUCGGUGCGAUAACGCUGGACGAGGAGAUAUUCGACCUGAUUCCCGGCACGGACGGCAAGCCGUUCUUCGUGUACGUGCAGGACGACGUGGCCAUGGACAUGCAACGACUGGCGUACAUGGACAUUGACGACUUUUACGGCCACCUGGCGGCAGACUCGGCGGACUCACCGCUGUUCGGAGACGGUGAGGGUGACAACCCGUCGUGUUCCUCUCCCAUGUGCUCCAGUAGACCUCGCACCCGGUCUUACAGCGGCUUGAAACUACGACGUGACCAGGAGGAGCGAGAGGAGAUGGAGGUCAAAGUCGAGCGUCUCCGCGCCAACAUGUCGCACGUCAAGAAGCUGAAGCAGAUCCACAGCAACAUGGGUAGCAGUAUCAAGCAUUCCACGGCGACGGCGACGACAGCUGAGGCAGACGACAGCGGCCACGUGUACAUCCACAGUCCCACGCACUCUGACUCUCUGUCGCCGCUCGGUGUGCUGAGCGACACGCAGUCCCCGUUGACCGGACGCAAUUCGUGCGAAGACGCGCCGACACGCGCGCAAGGUCCCACGCCGUUGAGAGCAUCGUACGGUGCGGGCACCGGCAGUAGUUUGGAUCAUCACGUCGACCCCGCAUCCACCGCGGCGGCCGCCAAUCACUCCGCCGGCGCGCACUGUGUGACAGCUGCAGCCUGCACGACCGCACGUCGUCAUUCUCUCAUGUCACCGCUCUCCAUGCCCGCUGGUGGCCCGUCGCCGUCCAACCCUGCUGCUGCAUCAACGGCAGCGGCAGCAGCAACUGCACGUCGCACACAACAACACUCGGCAACGCACGAACGCCGUCCUCCGUGGGAAUCCAGCUCCGGUAGCGCUCAAGACUACUGGCGCGGCAGCACCAUCGACCACUACGUUGCCAGUAGCAACGCAGCCAACCCUGAACACAAGGCCAUGAGAGGUGUUGCCAGGACAACGGAGCAGAAGCCUGGCAACCGUGCUGCAGCGGCAGCAACGGCGGCAGCGUGUUCCAACCCAUCUCGUCACCUUAGUAACCUGCUUCAGUCCAAGAAGACAAGCAAGGCGACUGGCGGCGGAACGCUGACGGACAUUGCAGAGUGGGAGAGAGUUUCCCAUCAAGCUCCAGCCGCCGCGCGGGAAAGCAGAAUACCGUGCAGCAUGCGUCAGAACCCGCCGCCGCCGUCGUCUGCCUGCAAACGUGUACACCACAGUAAGCUGACACAGGAACACAGUGAGGCCAUGCCACCGCCACCGCCGCCGACACAGCUGCUGCCGUCGGAGUCGUCCUGGCAUCCGGCGCCCGUUCCGCCGUCAAUGCUCGCCCGUACUGCACCUCACAAACACCGCAGCACAGCCCUGCCCGGCGCUGCACGCGCAGUCAAGGACAAGACAGACACUCGGCUAGUCCAGGCCGAUCACACGCCACUAUCGCUACCACCGAUACACCCUAGUCUGGCCGGGCAAGUAACGGCAAGUUCGUCGUCCGUCACCAAACUUCCCAAGGUCGACAUCAUCCAGGCCAAGACGAAAGACGGCCGACCGCCUCGUCAGCGCUGUUCGCAGUGUGGUAAGAAACUGACGCUCGCCGGUACCUUCAGCUGCCGCUGUGGACAGCUCCUGUGCACAAAGCAUCGCAACCCGGAAUGUCACCCGUGCACGUUUGACUACAAGACACAAGGUCGCCGAGAACUGAAGCAGGCCAAUCCACGCGUUGCUGCGAUCAAGCUGCCCAAGAUCUAACGCUGUGGCGGCUGCAGCUGCAGGUGUUUCUUGGAUACGAGUGCUGCGUGAGAGUGCGAGUAUGAUUGCAUCUCAUGACUCCACACCAUGUGGUCUGAUCAUGCAGUGAUUAUAGUAGUGUUGCGUCAAACAUUACAGAACAGCAGUGACAUGCUGCUUGACCAACAGUACCUGUUGUUGUGCAUCACCCCCUCAUCCUCGUGUACAAUUGACCUACAUGGCUGUAGCUUGCCAAGAAGCGGUGCUGGAUUGUCUUGACUUUUUCCUGCAAUAUUCCUGCGGACGUACCCUGUUGUACAAAUGAUUCAUGUCGCAUGUCCUUCACUGA